AUGGCCGCCGGACGCUGUUACUGGAGUGUGGCCACUUGUGCGCUAAAAGCUGAGAACCGCAUAGAGAGAACCGCGUCCAAACGAUGGCGGGGCACCGUGCGGCGUAUUGUGUCUGCUGCUGUUUAUAACCUGUCCUGUUUUACCCACGGAUGCAGUACAGGGUGGGUGUCAGGAGUACUAGGGAGCGAGGCUUUAACAGGAGGUGCCUGGUUAGCCGCUCUACCGUGCCUGGUCGCGUUACCAGCUGCACCAUUUUUCGCGGUGCUAGCUGAUGCGAGAGGACGCAAGGCUGGGGCUUUUUGUAUCUGCGUUAGUUUUAUUAUAAGCUGGUCCUUAGCAGCAUGGUGUGGUCCCCGAGGAGUGUGGGCUGCCAGGGUAGCAGCCGGUGCAGGAGGUGCAGGUGCACUCGCAUUGGCACCACUGUAUUGUGCCGAAAUCGCUCCAAGAACAAGGGGAUUGGCCGCGAUGCCUUCAUUAGCAUGCAGUUGCGGCAUUCUAUUUGCGUACGCAGCCGGCGGUGUACUGUCAGCACAUGCACUGUCACUAUCAAUGGCGAUACCACCUUGUGUACUCCUAGUAUCACUGAUCUGGUUGCCAGAGACACCUUCGUUCCUCAUUAGCGUCGGGAGGAUACAGGAUGCAGCAAAAAUAAUCUGCUGGUUCGAUGGUUCUGACUUCCGAGAAGAUCUGACAGAUGUGAUAGAACAGCAAGAAGUCAAGAUCAGGACUUCAGACUGCUACGGGAGACGGGAUCCCAUACGUAGGCAGGACUCGGACACCUUCCAGCCGAUGCUAAAGAGAAGCAGUGGCCUGGACUCUAAUUCUGAGAAGAAAAGAGAGCAGUCGGCUUGUAGGGAGCUAUUUCGUCAUCGACGUACGCGUCGUGCACUAUUCUCAUGCCUAGUACUAUUGAGUGCCGCUGCGGGCAGUGGCGCCGGAGCAGUCAACAGUUUUGCAGCAGCAGUACUGCGACACUCCACGCAUAGUGUGCCCCAUCUUAACGUUACAGCUUAUAAUUUUACUAUGUAUAAUGGAACUGCGCCUCGCUCAUUGUUCGAACCAUCAGAGGCUGGCUCCAUACUAUGCGGUACUGCACUGGUCCUUGGAGCCGCAGUUGCUACUGUCUCUGUAGACAAACUUGGUAGAAAGAUGCUGCUACUCUGGUCAUGUUCAGGAAUAACCUGUUGCCUCGCAAUACUAGGAGCGUACUGUGACCCCAACAUACGUCUGUACUCCUGGUACUCUCACCGCUUGUGGCCUUACAAACGAACGCACAAUAUCAAGGAGAAGGGCCUACAAUUGACAGAAAACUUCACACAAGUUAAUGCAAUUCCAGAAUGGAAGAAUUAUACGAACGAUAGUUCUAGGUUUAGAGUGGUACUUGAGAAUGGUAGUGUUCCUGGAGAAUGGAAAGUUCAGAAUUUGACUAAUGUGGUAGAAGAUGCGGAGAAGCAAGAAGAAAAUUUAUGGGCCCCUGUAGCUUUGAUGUCAGUGGUGCUGUUUUUGUACAAUAUAGGAUUGGGAUCCGUGCCUUAUGUACUUAUAUCUGAAUUGUUUACCAUCAAUGUAAGAAGCCUAGCAUCCAGUCUCCUAAUAUCAUGGAUGUGGCUUAGCAGUUUCUUCAUUCUUCGGUACUACGGCACCAUCGCCGUCUCUGUAGGCCUUCACGGCACUUACUACAUAUGCGCCUCCAUUACACUCCUGGGAUCCUUGUAUAUAUUCUUCAUUAUUCCUGAGACGAAAGGAAAAGCCCAAGAACAAAUCGACGAGGCCCUUGAUGGACCAUUACUGGUGAUUAACCGAAAGAGAAAGAACCGCGAUCAACGAUGACAGAGGAUUCCAAAAGUAUUUACAGUGUUCUUCUCAUCAUUAUAAGCUGCUAUGAGUUCAUGAUGCCCUGGUAGGGCGGGAGUUUGCCAAAUGGAAGUCGCUCAAUUAUGUUAAUGGCGAUUGACAAACAUAUCGAGGUAAGAGUGUUCCGAAGCUAGAAAUUAAUGACAAUGUUUUACAAUGGUACGGUCGGUGGUGUAAGAUGAUAAAUAUUCAUUAUUAUCUGCCCUAUAUAUGUCUAUUUUUUCUGUUAACGAUAGAACAAAAUCUUUUUAACGUUUUUUAGUUUAUGAAUUUUCUUCAAAGCAAAAUUACAAUCAUUGUAUCACUUCCAUAACCUCAUUCUUUCGAUAAAUAACACAAUAUUCGACAGAUUAGUUUCUUAUUUUUAAACAAAAUAAAUCAUUGUUAGGUCAUCAUAAGGUCAGCCCCAAAAAAAUUAAUUAAUGUGAAAUGUUUGUGAUAGUUAUUUAAGUAUUGGACUUAGUGUAAUGAAUGCACAAAUAUUGAAUGUAAGUAGGUUUGGUGUGGUCAUAAUGAGAAUAGAUCAUCUGUAAUUAAUUAAUACAUUUUAGGUGUUAAAUUGGGACACUAUCAAAAUAUUCCCGUGAAAUGGCUUAUUCACAUAACUAUUCGACUAGUUUCGAACCACGACAAGGGCUCAUAUUUAAUACUACGCAAUCAUAAUUUAGUUCGAUUGUUCUUAUUAUGACCAUUAAUAAAUGUUUAUGUGUACACUUUUAAGUACUUGAUCGUACUGCCAACAAUAUAGUUAAGUAUAUUAUGUGUUCUACAUGGCAAUGUGUCUGUAAAGUACAAUUGACAAAUUUCAAUCAUGACCCACUUUGAUACUAAUUCGUUUGAAAUAACGAAGAUCAACAAUUUUAAGGAGAAACAUGUUUAAAUAAAUUACACUCUAAUUAUGGGUCAUAAUUCAAAUGAGUCUUAAUUAUGACGAUUAUUAUUAAAAAUAGAUAAAUAUUGAUGAAAUUGUUGUAAUAAUGAGAAUUACUGUAUUUUAUAGCAGAAGCCGUGUUGUACCAAGUAGAUGUUGCUCACACAAUGUCAAUAUUGUAUAAAUAAGUGUGAUAAUAUUUUUCUAUUAGUCACUUUGUGAUAUUUGUAUAUUAUUACAUACCGACCGAUUUGGAGA